AGGAGUCGUGAGCAAGUCGGCGUUGCGAAGAACAAACCCUGAGGGCUCAAUAUGUUGAACGCGUCUUGAACGGCUGGUGAUUGUUGUCCAGGCUCACCAGCCAUUCCAAUCCUGCUCCUGUUCCGAAUACGUACUGUCCGAAACAUGCCAUGCGGAUGCUCUGAGCCGCUCGCACCUGAACGAAUCCAUCGGUAAGUGUUUGUCGUUCUGCGAUUGUUGUGGGCAUGUUGUUGUUAUCGCAAUGAAGGUAGGGUUGGCGCUGGCAAAGAUGGGGGCCAAAUCCAUUUCCAUCUUUCUCUCGUUUCUUGGCAAUGUCAUGUGAUCGUCUAGCUUGAAACUUCGUUUUGAUUCAAAGAUCUUCCGUCCCUUCCGUCCCUUCCGUCCCUUCCGUCCCUUCCCCUCUGAUCGUCAAUCGUGCAGGGGCCACGGGAAAGAGAGUAGAGUAGUAUCGUCUGGUCUCCUCCACGAUUGUAAAUUUACUUCGUGCCAGGACUUUCCAUUAACAUCGCAAGAUCGGUUUCAAAGAACUGCAUAAUGCCGCGGACCUCAUCAUCGGUUGACUACUCUCUUUCCCUUCCCCAGUUCACCAGGUGUUGCUGGAGAUUUUUCCUUCUCAUCUUCUGAUCAAACAAGUGUAUUUGAUUGCGGCUCAAAGUCUAGUGUCCACCUCCCCCCUUCAUUCUGAAGAUCCUCCUCGGUCAUGCGUCCGACUCGUGGAUAAAUGCCGUCUCCCAUAUUAAGCGUAUCUCUGAAGUUUGUCAAUCUCAAGUUUGGACUUUCUACUCGGCUCUUCCCUGCUGCAUGAUCACGGAACCUCUCCAUGAAGAGGCAACUGAUGUUUCGGCGAUCAGCUAACGACGAAUGCCGCGUUGCGAGUGGCUCCAGCAACCUCAAACCCCACAAUCUUUUAUCUACAUUUUCAUACCGGGUGCGCAAUGCUCAUCAAUUAGAUUUCCCGAAACGAAAUGCAGGCAGCUCAGAAACAUGAGACGAAUGAGAGCGAAACUCUAUCCGACUUCCGCCUGCGAGUUUGGCAAGAUGCGCCGAGCCCAUAUAAAGUGUUUGUAUGACCCACGCUAUGGCUCGAACCAGUUUUUGCCGUUUGAUCAUCAGUCUUCCUUCACUUAAGCAUCUCCCGCUGUCUUGUUGCCAAGAUGCAUUCCACUCUUUUGUUUGCCUCGCUGUCUUGCGCUUUCACCGUCCUUGCUGCCGAGUCUUGCAUAUGCACGCAGUUCUCUCAGAUCGCUCGUGCGGUUGAGAACUGCACGGACAUUACCCUCCAGGGCAUCGUCGCUCCAUCAAAUAGUACUAUCAACCUUUCAAAGCUGCAGAAAAACUCCCGGGUUACCUUUGCAGGUACAACGUCGUUCGAGUUCACAAAUUCAAGUGACUUCAACCCAAUAAGCAUUGGUGGCAAGAAUGUCACCAUCACGAUGGCUCCAGGCGGAGUGAUUGAGGGGAACGGAUCAUUAUAUUGGGAUGGUCUAGGUUCCAACGGUGGUGUACCCAAACCAAACACAUUCAUCAAAGUCAAAAUGACCGAAGGAUCAGUGAUCGAAAAUCUUCAGAUCAAGAAUUGGCCGGCCCAUGGAUUCGCCGUAGACGGAUCAUCAGACCUCACAAUCCGCAACAUUUUCAUGGACAACCGAGCAGGGGACGCACCAAACAGUCUCAGUGGUGGCAAGAAUGCUGCUCACAACACUGACGGCUUCGGCGUCAAGUCGAGCAGCAAUGUUCUGAUUGAGAACUGUACUGUUUACAACCAAGACGACUGCGUCGCUGUGACGAGUGGGGAUAAGAUCACUGUGUCCAAGAUGUUCUGCUCGGGUACUCAUGGACUGAGUAUCGGGUCCAUCGGAGGGAAAUCGAACAACAACGUCACCAACGUUCUCUUCACCGACUCCAUCAUCACAAACUCCACCAACGGCGCACGCAUCAAAUCCAACUUCAACACCACCGGCUUCAUCUCCGACAUCACCUACAGCAACAUCUUCAUGACCAACGCCUCCGACUACGGCAUCGUUGUCCAGCAGGACUACCUCAACGGCGGACCCACCGGCGUCCCGUCCAACGGCGUCCUCAUCGAGAACGUGCUGUUCAAGAACGUCACGGGGACGGCCGCGGGCAAGGGUAGCAUCAAUUAUUAUGUGCUGUGUGGAGAGGGGAGCUGUAAGAAUAUAGUGUUUGAAGAUGUGAAGAUUACGGGUGGUGAGAACGCUAGUUCGUGUAAUUUUCCGGCGAGUGGAUGUCCGGCGUAG